AGCUCUGCUGCAGACAGCGGCUGCCUCUGAAAGCGAUAGGAAACGCCGCGGUCAGCGCAGCAGCCCAACAAGUCCUCCGACCUGUUUACAGUUAUUUUCACGGCGAGCAGCCGGCCGCAGUUUCCCAGGAUGUUUUCUCUCGGGGAGACCAUGGAGUUCCUCCUCGGAAACCCCUUUUCAACGCCCGUCGGACAGAGAGUCGAACGAGCGACCAGCGGCUCUCUGCAGUCGGAGGACUGGGGACUCAACUUGGAGAUAUGUGACAUCAUCAAUGAGACGGAUGAGGGGCCCAGAGACGCCGUCAAAGCCAUUAAGAAAAGAAUCGUAGGAAACAAGAACUUCAGAGAGAUCAUGUUGGCUCUCACUGUUCUUGAGACCUGCGUAAAGAACUGCGGCCAUCGCUUCCAUGUUCUGGUGGCCUCACAGGAGUUUGUGGAAGGCGUUCUGGUCCGUUCCAUUUUGCCCAGAUAUAACCCCCCCACAGCGCUUCAGGACCGCGUGCUCAGCCUCAUACAGUCGUGGGCUGACGCAUUUCGCAGCUCUCCCUCCCUGGUGGGGGUGGUGCAUGUGUACGAUGACCUAAGGCGACGGGGUUUGGAGUUUCCUAUGACGGACCUGGACGCGCUCUCCCCCAUCCACACACCAAAUAGGAGUACCCCGGAGAACGAGACACCUCAGGUGACCUCCGUCGCUGCUCCCACACGUCUCUCACAGGAACAAGUUCCUGCCACCGUUCCCAGUCAGAAUGGCUCGUCUCCAGUCCAAGUCAGCAGUGGACCAGUCCCCCUCACUCCAGAACAGGAACAGAAGCUGCGAAGUGAGCUGGCCCUGGUUAAAGGAAACCUCUCAGUAAUGUCACAAAUGCUAAACGAGCUAAUACCUGGACAGAGCACAGCAGAUGAUGCAGAGCUGCUACAGCAGCUGUUUUCUGUGUGUAAGAAGAUGCAGAGUCGUGUGGUUGAACUGAUCCCACAGCUGGUGGAUGAAGGGUUUAUGGAGGAGCUGCUCGUGGUUAACGACGACCUCAACAACGCCUUCAUUCGCUAUGAGAGGUUUGAACGGCUGAACAAGGCUCAAAGUGCAAAUACGCAACAGGUGUCAGCAAGGAGUCCAAAUCUCCUCGACGUCAGCCCCGACCCGUCCGACAACAAACAGCCCGCUACGAUCCCAGCAACCAGCCAACCAGCCGUCAGCAUUCAGACCAAUCACCAGCUGUCAGCCAAUCACAAACAAGAAGACGAGUUUGACAUGUUUGCUCAGACCAGAGGCAGCUCUUUGGCUGAACAGAGGAAAAGCGUCAAGUACGAAGAUCCUGAAACUGUGGAAGGCCUUGCCGAAGCUCUGGACUCGAGGCUGCAGGUCACAGCAGGGAUGGUGCCAGAAAAACCCACUCAGCAGAACGACAUUGACAAAUGGUUAUCUUCUGAUCUGCAGGAAGGACAGUCCUCGGUUUGCGAAGGAGUCUCCAGUGAAGAGUUUGACAAGUUCCUGGACGAUCGGGCCAAGGCGGCAGACCACAGCAACCUCUCCAUCCACAACGUGCCGUCGUCCGUGCCCAGACCGCAGCCGCAGCCCGCCAAGCAACAAGAUCCGACGCACGACCAGCUUUUCGCUCUUUAAAAGAAAACCUGACGAAUGGGUUCAGGUCAACAACGUGAUACGUGAAUGUACACAAAACAAAACGAGCUGCUGCGUACUCAACUCAUUUCAUGCAGUAAAUGCUUUAUUUCCUUUUAAAUCAGCCGUUUUAUGUACAUACAGCUUAAUGUAACUUUAUUUAAACUUUAAUGUUAUUGUGAACAAAAAAAAUAAACGUAUGCUGUAUAGUUAAGUAAUUGCCCUUGCUGAUGUAUAAAAUCUGUUUGAUGAUGUGCCUUCAACCUGGAGACUUGAUUUAAUGGGAACAAAAAAUAAAUGAUGAUCUAUUUCCAAAA